ACAGACAGCGUGAGGGGGGACACUCGGAGUGUCAGCAGCCCAGAGGGGCACAGACAGUGACACCCCCAGGAGGGACAGCACGGAGCUGGGAAGCAGGGGGUGUCCUCAUUGCAAUGAGCAUCGGAGCGCGGUGGGACCCCCCCCGGGGCGCGGGGCAGAUGGAGAGCGAGGACCGCCCCGCUACCGUCCCACGGCAGAGUUAGGGCAGAGCCAGGGAUGCCGGACCCCGAGGGCAGCACCGACCGAGAGCGUGUACCGGGACAGCGGAGGAGCAGCCGAGGGAUUUGAAGCUGGGCCAGACGGCAGAGGGAAAUGUGACCGUCGCUUCGCAGAGCUUGGGAGUGAAGGGAACGCUGCGCUGGAGGGGCGGCACAGGGACACCCACGGAGGGAGGAUCGUGGGAUCCCCCUUCCCAACACUGCGGGGCAGUCAGCACCAGGAGCCGCAACGCCUGGGGUCGGGGAGGCCGUUCUUUCCACCGGACCCCAGUACCCGUCCGAGCCUGAUGAGAAGCUCCUGAACCUAUGCAGACCAGGAAGAAAUACAUUUUCCUGACUUUCCUCACUUCUUGGCUUCUGCUUUUCUUCUUUGGAAGGGAGCAGCUGCGCCGUUUCGCUUUCUUUCCCAUUAGGAACGUCGCAGCCCGCAGGACUUGGCCCCGUUGGGUGGAUCGUACCAUCCUACACAGCUUUGCAGAGCCCCGGGAGCUGCAGGGCAGUGGGGAUACAACUCAGCCCUCACCCCAUGCCCGGCGUUUGGCACAGCUGAAUGCAUCCCAGGGCAGCCGGUGCCGUAUGGAGAGCUGCUUCGAUGCCUCCCGCUGCCAGAAUGGCUUUAAGGUGUUCACGUACCCGAGGGAGCACGGCGAGCCCAUGUCGGAGAGCUACAGCAAGAUCCUCAACUCCAUUGAGCGCUCACGUUAUUACACCCCACACCCCGAGGAAGCUUGUCUCUUUGUGCUGAGCAUCGACACGUUGGACCGUGACCCCCUCUCUGCUCACUAUGUUCACAGUGUGGAGCAGAGGAUCCGCUCCUUCCCACUAUGGAACGGUGGCCGCAACCACCUCAUCUUCAACCUGUAUGCGGGCACGUGGCCCAACUACACCGAGGAGCUGGGGUUUGAUAUUGGCCAUGCCAUGCUGGCCAAGGCCAGCUUCCACAGCAAGAACUUCAGGCCUGGUUUUGAUAUCUCCAUCCCACUCUUCCCCAAGGAGCACCCACAGCGCGGUGGGCAGAGCGGGUGGCUGAACCACAACUCGGUGCCCCCUAAAAAGAAGUAUUUGCUGGUGUUCAAAGGGAAGCGCUACCUGACCGGGAUCGGUUCCGGUACCAGGAAUGCUCUGCACCACAUCCACAAUGGGAGGGACAUCGUGUCGCUCACCACCUGCAGGCAUGGCAAGGACUGGGAGAGGCACAAGGACACACGGUGCGACCAGGACAACGUGGACUAUGAAAAGUUUGACUACCAGGAGCUGCUGCACAACUCCACCUUCUGCAUCAUACCCCGUGGCCGGCGCCUGGGCUCCUUCCGCUUCUUGGAGGCACUACAGGCUGCCUGCAUCCCAGUGCUGCUGAGCGAUGGCUGGGAGCUGCCCUUCUCUGAGGCCAUCGACUGGGGCAAAGCGGCCGUGAUGGGCAGCGAGCGACUCCUCCUGCAGAUCCCCUCAGCCAUCCGCUGCAUCAGCCCGGAGCGUGUGCUGGCGUUCCAACAGCAGACCCAGUUCCUGUGGGAUGCGUACUUCUCCUCUGUGGACAAGAUAGUGCACACUACACUGGAGGUCAUCCGGGAUCGGCUGCUCCUGCACCGCUCACGCUCUCGCUUCCUUUGGAACACACUGCCCGGGGGGCUGCUGGCACUGCCUGACUUCUCCACGCACCUCGGAGACUUCCCUUUCUACUACCUGCAGCAUGGCUCCAGCCCUUCUGACAAGUUCACAGCACUGCUCCGGGUUGCCCCCCCGCUGGGCACCCUCUCCCAGCCCACCCUCAAGCUCAUCCAGGCAGUCUCCAGGUCCCAGUACUGUGCACAGAUCCUGGUGCUGUGGAGCUGUGAGAAGCCACUACCACCAAGACAAACAUGGCCACAGACUGCUGUGCCUCUCACCAUCAUCCAGGGCAGGACGAAGCUCAGCGACCGCUUCUUCCCAUACUCAGCCAUUGGGACGGAUGCAGUGCUCAGCCUGGAUGAGCACACCAGCCUCUCCACCAGUGAGGUGGAUUUUGCCUUCGUGGUGUGGCGCAGCUUCCCUGAGCGCAUUGUGGGCUUCUCUGCAUGGAGCCACUUCUGGGACCCCGAGCAGAAGCGCUGGGGCUACACCUCCAGGUGGACCAACAAGCUCUCCAUCGUCCUCACCACCGCCGCCUUCUAUCACAGGUACCAGAGUGGAUGGGGAGGGCCCUAUGGGUCUGCGAGGCUGAGACCUACCCUCCUCAUUCUCCAUAGGUAUUACCACAGCCUCUUCACCGAGUACCUCCCCUCGGGGCUGCGGGAGCUGGUGGACAGCCUGGCUGCCUGCGAGGACAUCCUGAUGAACCUGCUGGUGGCUGCUGUCACCAAGCUGCCUCCCAUCAAGGUCACACAGUGGAAGCAGCACAAAGAAGCUGUGUCUCAGCCGGUGAAGGGCACGGCAGCAGACAGCACCCGGCAUUUCUCCCAGCAGCAGGACUGCCUCAACCAGCUGGUGGACUGGUUUGGUUCCAUGCCCCUUGUGUCCUCCCAGCUGCGCCUCGACCCAGUGCUCUUCAAGGACCAGGUCUCUGUCCUGCGCAAGAAAUACCGCUACUUGGAGAAGCCUUGAGCUCAGCCCUGCAGCCCAUACCCCUGCACAGACCUCACAGGGCAUGGCACAGCCCUCCUGCACCAAGUGCUGCCAAGGGGGCUUUAUUCCUGAUUGGGUUUUACCAGUGCAAUAAAGGUCGGUGGAGGUGUGAAGUCUGA